GGCACAACAACAUAAUAAUUUUGUAUGUGUUUUGUAUCUACUUGUUUGAUUAUUUUUAUUUUUCCAUAGUGCAAGAAAGAUAAAAAGCUAUCAUUAGCUGCAGUCUUCCGGUUCUACUAAACACUGGGAGUUUAGAUCGUUGUGAACAGGAAAGUCAGGAAGUCAGCAAACAUGAAGAAUAAGAAAGAAAAGGCAAAAAAAUCUGCACCAAAGCAAGAAAAAUCCUUGACCCUAAGAUACAUAGUGUUCACAGUACUAACUGUACUUCCCGUUGCUGCAGCAUACUGUGUGUUCUACUUUUUUGCCACUCCUCCGCCUAUGCCGGAGAUGGACCUCAAGACUUGGUGGGGUCCGUACCCCAUCAGUCAGAAACCUGAUGUAUCUAUCAGACCAUUCAAAAUUGAAUUCUCUGAUGUGAUAGUGAACGACCUAAGAGAGCGUCUGCUCCACCGGCGUCCCUUCACCCCUCCCCUUGAAGACGCCGGCUUCACCUACGGCUUCAACUCUGACUUCCUGACUCGAGUACUCGACUUCUGGCAGAACAAGUAUGACUUCAAACAGCGGGAGCAGUUCCUGAACCAGUACAGUCAGUUUAGGACUAACAUACAGGGCUUGGACAUACAUUAUGUGCAUGUUAAGCCGAAGGUUGAUGGUGAUUUGAAGCCAGUGGUAGUGCCGCUUCUUCUCCUACACGGCUGGCCGGGUUCAGUGCGAGAGUUCUACGAGAUGAUACCUAAACUGACCACGCCGCGAGCUCAGCCCGACUUCGUCUUCGAGCUGAUCAUACCCAGUCUGCCUGGCUUUGGCUUCUCACAGGGCGCCUCUAGAGCCGGCCUGGGCCCAGCAGAAAUUGCCGUGGUACUCCACAACCUGAUGCAGCGUAUAGGCGUACCGAAGUACUACAUCCAGGGCGGGGACGCGGGCCACGCUAUAGGAUCGCACAUGGCAACAUUAUUCCCGGAGAACGUGCUUGGGUUCCAUACAAACUUCCCUGUGCUAUCGUUCAACCCGUACGCGCAUCUUUAUAACUUUUUAGGUCAGUUCUGGCCCAGCCUCGUGGUGGAGCCGGAGCUACAAAGCCGGAUGUACCCAUGGGGAGAGAAGACCAAACACCUCAUCGAGGAGUCCGGAUACAUGCACAUCCAGGCUACCAAACCGGACACUAUUGGUACGGCACUGACCGACUCCCCAGCCGGCCUGGCCGCGUACAUCCUGGAGAAGUUCUCCACGUGGACCGACCCGGCCUUCAGGAAGGCUGGCGACGGCAACCUGCUCUCCAAGUUCUCACUGACGACCCUGCUUGACAACGUCAUGAUCUACUGGGCUUCGAAUAGCAUUACUACUUCCGUGCGACUGUAUGCUGAGACAUUUGCUCGAAAGCAGCAAAGUCUGAGGCUAGAUGAGGUUCCAACCGAGGUGCCGACGUGGGGCAUCAAGUUCAAACACGAGCUGGUAUUCCACCCGGACCAGUUCCUGAAGCUGAAGUACAAGAACUACCUGCACAGCACCGUAGUAGAAGCUGGUGGUCACUUCGCAGCCUUAGAACACCCUGAUAUCUUGGCUGAUGAUGUGUUUGAAGCUGUGGAGGUGUUCCGGCAUUUCCAUGCGAGAAAUAACCCAGAACAAAAACCGAAGACAAUCUACGACUUCACAGUAAAAGACAUCAACGGCAAAACCUUAAAACUGGACAAAUACAAGGGCUACGUUUUAAUCAUCGUCAACGUAGCCUCGCAAUGCGGAUACACCGACAACCACUAUAAAGAACUCAACGAGCUAUACGACAAGUACGCAGAGAGGGGUCUUCGUAUACUGGCCUUCCCUUGCAACCAGUUCGGUGGCCAGGAACCAGGGAGCUUGAAAGACAUCCAAACCUUUGCUAAAAACAAAGGAGCUAAGUUCGAUUUGUUUGAAAAAGUAGAAGUAAACGGGGAGAAUUCUCAUCCGUUAUGGAAUUUUUUGAAGGAGGUUCAAAGUGGGACGCUAACUAAUGCUAUAAAAUGGAAUUUUUCUAAGUUCAUUGUGGAUAGGAACGGGGUACCUGUGGAACGGUUUGGGCCGAGCACUAACCCGUUGGAGCUGGAAACGUAUUUGGCUAAGUAUUGGUGAUGGGUUUUGCCGCUCGAACGGUUACGGGUCAUUUAGAGCGUCCGCUAGGUGGCGCGGUUGCACAUAGCGUUGCGAGUCCAGUAAAUAAUGUCCUUAGGAUGCUGUUAAGGCUGCCGAGGCACUGUCACAGAAUAAGUAAUAGUAUUAUCAUACAGAACGGCCGCGCCCCGCCCCGCCCCGACUCGAAUGCCCUCGCCCCGCGACACCAGAUUGACGGCCGUUUGCCGGCCGCUCAGUACUAUUUUUAAGCAACACUCACACUAUGACGCGUGUAUAGACGUGCCGUUCACACAUAGAAACGCAAGUGAUUUUUGACGUAUAGCGUGUCCGCCCUGUGGCACUAGUGCGUCAGGCAUGUUCGCCGAAACGCGAACGGAGGACUUCUAUGCCAUUAGACGGAAGAGAAUGGCCUCAUUGCGACGUGUGCGCGGCAGCAGUAGCACUAACAGCAUGCUAAGGGCGUUAGCCGAGCGUCUCGACUGCCCGCUCAUUAGGUACUGAACAGAAGUAGUCAUUGGUAGGUCUAAGUAGAUAUAGGUUACUAACAUAAUAUUAAGGCUAAAAUGUUACUAACAAAAUAUGGA